AUACCAACAUAACUGCUAUGAAUAUCUACACCUGGCGGCGGGACGACACUCCAAACACCGGCAGCACUUGAGUCUAGGCGAGAGAGGAGAGUGCACGUAUUCUGGCCGCUUCUCCCUCCACGUUGGCUCGAGGCUCAGUCACAGUGGUGUCUACAAUUGUUUUCAAGUUGUUGGCGCGUUAUGAGCCUUGCAAGAUGAGCGAGCGAGGCAGUGUGGCGCCCAAAGCACUAAUUUUCCUGCAGACCAAGGUUACCAAUACCUAGCAGCGCGUGGACUUAGAAAAAUAAGGUGUGAAGCAUCGUGUGUUCCUGGUAAUUGGUGCCUCCUUACCACGCCACCACCACCACCACCACCACUGCGCCACCUGAGCUGUCCACGUGACCAGGUUUUACUGGCAGAAGAACAAGAAGAGGAGGAAGGAAGAGGAAUCCUUAACAUACAGAACAAGAACAAGAACAAAUAUAUUGAAAACCCGCAAGCAAGAGUAGACACACCCAGACACCCCAAAACACACUAAAACACCCCAAAACACACCCAGAGCAGACCAAGAUACACAAACACACCAAAACACACCCCAAACACAACUAAAUACACUCAAAACACCACAUAAUCCUUUAAAACACACUCAAAUCACAUUAGAACCCUCAAAACGUACUUAAAACACCACAAAACACACUCAAAUCACAAUAAAGCACACUCAAAUCACAUCAGAACCCUUUAAAACACACCCACACUCAAAACACACACACCCACACACCACCAUGCCUCACAAAGCUUGCACGCCCACGCCCACUUCUCCAGCCACGGGGACGGGCGAGGCAGGGCUUGGCGGGGUGUCACUGAAGAGGAAAGUCACUCUGUUGCACGGGGUGUCCAUCAUUGUGGGGUCAAUUAUUGGUUCAGGAAUAUUCGUCUCUCCUGGUGGUGUUCUUGCUUAUGCUGGGACUCCCCUGGCUGCCCUGCUGGUGUGGAUGGGGUGUGGUAUCUUCUGUACCCUUGGCGCCCUGGCAUUUGCAGAACUGGGGACAAUGCUUCCAUCCACCGGCGGAGAGUACAGCUACAUCCACGCAGCGUUCGGGGGUCUUCCAGCCUUCCUAACACUGUGGGUGAAUGUAAUGCUCAUCAGACCAGCGGCACAGGCAGUGGUGGCUCUUACCUUUGCCGAGUAUACCCUAGCGCUGGCCUUCCCCUCUGACUGUCCUGCUCCAAGGGUCGCCGUGGUGCUGCUCGCCUCGUGUGCUCUGUGUUUGCUAACGGCCAUUAACUGCUGGAGUGUGGAGCUGACCAUGAAGAUACAAACAGUCUUCACCUCGGCAAAGCUCCUGGCUCUCUUCACCAUCAUUGUAGCUGGUGGGGUGUUCCUGGCCAUGGGAAACACCGAGGUCCUGUCUGAACACCUCCUGGCUGGUUCCCCCUCAGCUGACGGCGUCCCUCUGGCAUUUUACUCCGGCCUCUUCGCUUACGGUGGCUGGAACUAUCUCAAUUUCGUCACGGAGGAACUGAAAGAGCCGUACAGGAAUCUGCCCCGUGCCAUCUCCAUCGCCCUGCCGUUGGUGACGACUGUGUAUGUGUUAGUGAAUGUAGCCUACCUUGCCGUGCUGCCCCCUGCCGCAAUCCUCGCCUCCCCUGCCGUGGCUGUGGCCUUCGCUAGUGAGGUGCUGGGCCCGGUGCAGUACUGGGUGCCCGUGUUCGUGGCUCUCUCCACCUUCGGCUCUCUCAACGGCAUUCUCUUCACCUCGGGACGUCUGUUCAUUGCUGGCGCCAGGGAGGGACACUUGCCGCCCGCGCUGGCCUAUAUACACCUCAGGGCAAAGACUCCUGUGCCCGCCCUACUGGUCACGUGCCUCCUCUCCCUGGUCAUGCUGGGAGUCAACAUAUUCUUCCUCAUCAACUGUUUGUCCUUCGCGCUGUGGCUCACUAUAGGAGGAGCUGUGGCCGCCCUUCUCUGGCUCCGCUACACACAGCCUAACCUGCCACGCCCCAUCAAAGUGAACCUGGCCCUCCCUGUAUUGGUUCUCCUCGGCUGUGUGUACCUGGUGGUGGUGCCAGUGGUGAUGGAACCUAGCAGUACAGGCCUGGGUGUUCUGCUGACUCUGGCUGGCGUUCCAGUGUAUGUGGUGGGGGUGGUGUGUCGAAGGAGGCUCGGCUAUGUCACAUCUCUGUUUGGUGAGUAGCAGGAAGGCUCACAUCACCUCACCUCACCUCACUCCACCUCU